GAACCAGGAAACGUCCGCAGUGAGUGAAGAAUCACAACAGAGCAGCUCCUGCAACCCUUUUCCCUCAUCGUCUCACUUCGUGUUGACGUUUAUUUAUUUAUCUAUCUUAGGACAUGUCACGAAAACUUAAAGAAGAAUAUCACAGGUUCUUCUCUGUAUCUGACCCACGGACCCACGAGAAGGGCCACACGGAAUACAAAGUGACAGCCAGGUUUGUGUCCAAGCGUCAUCCUGAAGAUGUGAAGGAGGUGGUGGUAUGGAAGAGGUUCUCCGAGCUGAAGAAGCUCCAUGGAGAGCUGGCAUACACUCAUAGGAACUUGUUCAGACGACAGGAGGAGUUUCCUGCUUUCCCAAGAGCACAAGUUUUUGGAAGGUUUGAUGAAGCUGUGAUUGAGGAGAGGAGGAAGGCAGCUGAGAGCAUGCUUCUAUUCACUACCAACAUUCCUGCACUCUACAACAGCCCGCAGCUAAAGGAGUUCUUCCGAGGUGGUGAAGUCACGAGGCCUUUGGAUCCCUCGCCUGUAUCCUCAGCUGGGCCUCUGCCCCCCCCACUAAUCCCCCUGCCAAAGAGGAGGGCCUCAGACUGUGAACCUGCUGAAGAAGAGGAGGGGAGGGAGGCUCCCACCUUACCGCAAGACUUAGGCACCAACAUUAGCUUGGAGAUUGGGGAACCAGAGGUGGCUGCUGAGGCCUUUAAUGAGAUCGUAGGCUCUCUGACAGAAGAUGACCAAGAUGGCCUUAGUGAUACAGAACUGGAUAAUGGAGUAUCCUCCCCUGAACCAACACUAACAACACACCACCAGUCAGAGGAGACGCAGGAAGAAUUUGAUUCAUUGUUUGACUCAGUGGUGGAAGAGCACAUCCCGUCCCCUAAGGAAGAGAGACCCCCUCCUCUGUCUGAAAAUGACUUGGCUGUCUUCGAUCCUUGCUUUAAACAAGAGAAAACAGAUUCCUCAAUUGACCACUCUGAACUAUUCUCGCUGCCUCCGGCCAGUCUGAUCGGUGGAGACGUUGCUUACCUAAACCAAGCUGCCAAGGAGUUGACGGCAGCUGUGGACAAGGAGAAGGAGGGAGAGUUCAGCUCUGCCAUUAAAGGAUACAGGACAGCGGUGGACAUACUGAUCACUGGAGUCAAGGUCAAACUGCAUAAUGAAGUGUUUCUGUCUGUUUUAAUGCCAAGCCUUUUUAUUCAAAGCAUUACCAGCACCAUAACCUGCUUCAUUACCACAUUGUGUGUGUUUAUUUUAGGAAGGUUUGAUGAAGCUGUGAUUGAGGAGAGGAGGAAGGCAGCUGAGAGCAUGCUUCUAUUCACUACCAACAUUCCUGCACUCUACAACAGCCCGCAGCUAAAGGAGUUCUUCCGAGGUGGUGAAGUCACGAGGCCUUUGGAUCCCUCGCCUGUGUCCUCAGCCGGGCCUCUGCCUCCCCCACUAAUCCCCCUGCCAAAGAGGAGGGCCUCAGACUGUGAACCUGCUGAAGAGGAGGAGGGGAGGGAGGCUCCCACCUUACCGCAAGACUUAGGCACCAACAUCAGCUUGGAGAUUGGGGAACCAGAGGUGGCUGCUGAGGCCUUUAAUGAGAUCGUAGGCUCUCUGACAGAAGAUGACCAAGAUGGCCUUAGUGAUACAGAACUGGAUAAUGGAGUAUCCUCCCCUGAACCAACACUAACAACACACCACCAGUCAGAGGAGACGCAGGAAGAAUUUGAUUCAUUGUUUGACUCAGUGGUGGAAGAGCACAUCCCGUCCCCUAAGGAAGAGAGACCCCCUCCUCUGUCUGAAAAUGACUUGGCUGUCUUUGAUCCCUGCUUUAAACAAGAGAAAACGGAUUCCUCAAUUGACCACUCUGAACUAUUCUCACUGCCUCCGGCCAGUCUGAUCGGUGGAGACGUUGCUUACCUAAACCAAGCCGCCAAGGAGUUGACGGCAGCUGUGGAGAGGGAGAAGGAGGGAGAGUUAAGCUCUGCCAUUAAAGGAUACAGGACAGCGGUGGACAUACUGAUCACUGGAGUCAAGGGAGACCCAGAUCCAGUUCGCAGGGAGUCUGUGAUGAGAAGGACGGCCCAGUACUUAAAGCAUGCUGAGAUGUUGGUGGAUCAGCAAUCUUCACCCAGACACGCUGAGACAGCUGCAAACACACAUGCACAGGAGCCAUAGAU